CAUACUUGGGUAAUCAAUUGGCUCAACAAUUCAGCAAACUAAGCACCUCUGAUAUCAUUAGUGGUAAAAGAACUAAAGAUACCAUGGAGAAGCUCAAGGACUUUAUUACACCAGGCAGUGAAUUUGAUCUUUCAAAUAUUACACCACAAAACAUUACUGUAAAUAGAAUUGAAACUUUAAUUAAACAAGUAGAGCGUAAUAGCGCUAGAGAAGAAAAUUACAAGAACCAAGAGCUCACCACCAUACUCCAAGCUUCAUUCACCGAUAAAGUCCAAGGUUGGAUGCACAGCGAAGAAGAAAUAAUUGAACUCACCAAGAGACAAAUAGAACUCGAAGACGACCUUGCCUGCAAAGUACAAGAAAUACUUAAAAUGAAUGAUUUUGUUGCUGCUUGUCCAAUCGAAUUAAAUGAAAUCAAAGCUGGCAGCUUAGGUUUAUUCGUCUUAAAACGUGAAAGAUACUAUGGUUUCCAUCAAAGUGAAAAUUUGGUCAUCUCUUCAAACGACUCAAUGAAUGCCAUCAAGAAGAUUUAUGGAAACAAUUUACCAUCAUGUUUAUUAUGUAAUGUUGUAUUCUCAAUGAAAACCGUUUCAACCAAACCAUCAGCUUUAAUGCCAACUCCAGGUACUGAAUUUUAUGUUGUAGAUUUAGAAGUUCAAAAACUAUAUGAUUCAAAUUAUUAAAUAAUUAAAUCAUAAUAAUAAUAAUAAUAAUUUUUUAUAAAAAAUAAAAAUUUAAUUUGUACAUAUCCAACUAUUUAUUAAAAU